CAUACAGAAAGACUUAGUGAGUGCAAAACAAGAUAUUUUUGUCUAAUUGGUGUGUCUAUCUAAGAUUGCUUUGUUAUUUAAAUUAUGGCGGCGGAGCUUCAAAUUAGGCUUGUAACGAAACAGCCCGAAUAUGCAAUUCCAGAUUCUGUAUUUUCUGUUCCUGGAUCUGUAUCUGUUAAAGAGUUGAACACAUUAGUAAAUUCUGUAUUAAAAGGAACUGAACCCCAAAACUACAGGGAUGAAGAGUUUGAUUUCUUACUACUUGGAGAAUUGCUGCGUUUACCUAUAUUGGAGCAUUUAGUAGUUAAAAAUUGCUCAACGGAAGAAGUUCUUGAAAUUGAGUACUUUGUGAAAUAUCCAUCACCUUCUCCGGAGAAUAGUUUAAUCCAUGAUGACUGGGUUAGCAGUGUUAAUACCAUGGGAAAGUGGAUAUUAUCUGGCUGUUAUGAUAAUACUGUUCAUAUAUGGACUGUUGAAGGAGACCACAAGCUGACUAUUCCUGGACAUUCCGCACCUGUUAAAUCAGUUGCUUGGCUUAAGAAUGGAGAGUCUGUCAGUUCAUUCGUGAGUGCUUCACAUGAUGAAACUGCCAUGCUUUGGCAGUGGAACCAUCAUACAAACGCUGUAGAGUGUAUCCAUGUGUGUAAAGGACAUGCUCGAAGUGUUGACUGUGUAUCAGUUAGUCCAGCUACCAACAGGUUUGCCACUGGUUCCUAUGAUCAGAUGUUGAAAAUAUGGUCUGCAGAUGAGGAGAGUGAAAAUGCUGGUGGAGAUGACGAUAAAAAAAGAUUUAAAUCCGAUAACAUGAAAACAAAAGUUAAGAUUCCUCUAAUGACCUUAAGUGGCCAUACAGAUGGAAUAAGUGGUGUACAAUGGAUUGAUACAAAUGAAGUUAGUACAUGUGGCUUAGACUGCACUCUUCGGAUAUGGGAUGUGGAACUUGGGGGUCUUAAAAGUCAGUUAAAUGGUUCUAAAGCAUUUCUUGGAAUAGCAUAUUCUCCAAUAUCGAGGCUCAUCAUUUCAGGUUCUUCCGAUAGACACAUACGACUGUGGGAUCCCAGAGCCAAAGAUGGCACCCUUGUGAAAUCUGUAUAUUCAUCACAUAAACUUUGGGUAACAUCAGUAGCUUGGUCACCUGUUGCUGAGCACCAGUUUGUCUCAGGAUCAAUGGACUGUUUAACAAAACUGUGGGAUAUUAGAAGCCCUAAAGCUCCUUUGUUCGAUAUAUCAGGACACGAAGACAAAAUAUUCGCAGUUGACUGGUCUGUGAAAGAUUAUAUCGUCAGUGGAGGUGCUGAUAAUUACAUCAAACUAUAUAAAUUUAAGGGGACUUUGAAAUCCUUGAUUAUGUAAUUCCAGAUGCUUUGUUCUACAGAUUGUUUUACAGAAUUUCAGUGUAUAAAUUCUUCCUUAUUUGCUAGUAAAGACAAAAAGAAGUUUUAAAGAUCUUAGAGAUCCUCACAUGGAUGCUUC